AUAGAAUACUGAAAUAUUUAUUUUAGAAUUUGUAAAACUUUGUCUGUUUGCAGGAUUGAGCAAGCAGUGAAGGCUGGAGAAUCUGUGAUAGAAUAAGAACAACUUGGCUCAGUGUAGAGCAGAAGAGGUGAAGGGUGUGUGGCUAGCGAGAGGGGCACGUAGAAAAGGAGUGUUUGUUGAGGUAGUAGACCAAGUUAACACACCUACAUAACCAUGGGCAAGCAGAAUAGCAAACUCAAGCCAGAGGUGCUGGAGGACCUUCGCUCCAAUACAGAGUUCACAGACUCUGAGAUUCAAGAGUGGUACAAAGGCUUCCUUAAAGACUGCCCAACAGGACACCUAUCUGUUGAAGAAUUCAAGAAGAUAUAUGGAAACUUCUUUCCAUAUGGUGACGCAUCAAAGCAGUUUGCGGAGCAUGUGUUCCGGACCUUCGAUGCUAAUGGAGAUGGGACCAUAGACUUCCGAGAGUUCCUGUGUGCACUCUCUGUCACAUCAAGAGGCAAGCUUGAACAGAAGCUGAGGUGGGCCUUCUCCAUGUAUGACCUAGAUGGCAACGGCUACAUCAGUCGACAGGAGAUGUUGGAGAUUGUCACGGCAAUUUACAAGAUGGUUGGCUCCGUGAUGAAGAUGCCAGAAGAUGAGAGCACUCCUGAAAAACGUACAGACAAAAUCUUCCGUCAAAUGGAUAAGAAUAAGGAUGGCAAACUUAGUCUUGAAGAGUUCAUCGAAGGGGCCAAGAGUGACCCCUCCAUUGUGCGCCUGCUGCAGUGUGACCCUCAAUCAUCUCAGUGACCUCUCUCAACCUAACCUCACCUCAAUUAACCUGCCUAAAUAUCUGACAAAACUUUAACCUUGUAAUAACUACUCUUGGCCAUAAUAAAUUCCCACAGUUUCUAACAUCCCUUAGGAUUAUAAACAGAAUCUUGGUAUUAAUAUUCUCCUUUAAACUGUCCACAGUCUCCCUGAAGCCCUUUGUUCCUCUCACCUUCCCAAGCAUUCCGCUCUCCUGCUGUUUUCCCUACUUCUCUCAACAUAUUUGCCUCAGCCCCAUCCCAACCCACACAAGAUUCUCUGUUUUAUAGGUCAAAUUCUUUGUUCCCACACUACCAGCUUCACUUAGCUUUGAAGUGUCCCUAUCUCACCUUUUCUUGUCCUUAUCCUUAACUAGCCCCUGGAGGGUUAUAAGGACUAGGUGCUUACGGUGUGAAUCACACCGUCGCCUCGCUGUGUUGAGAUGCCGACCUCUGGCCCUGUAUCACGUUCAUGUUAGGCUACAAUUGGCAAUGAACCUGCUAAAAAUAGCAACUGAAGGGCUAUACUUGUUUUCUAGUGUUAGAUAGAUAUGGGGCUGAAUGUUUUAAGGGAUGUAACUUUUGUAAUGAAGCUGGGCCUAUGUGGGUUUGUGGGUUGUGUGGAGUGAACAAUUGUACUGAGCAGGAGGAUGUCUGCUCCUGUCUAGCCCUCCUGUAUGUACUGCAUGUUACCUGCACAAAGAUUUCCUUGUCUGGUGCUCACCUGUUGGAGUCAGAAUAAGCAAGAACAAAGGUGUAGCAACACAUAGGGUUUGUAAUUUUUCAACGAUCCCAAUUGUACUUAACUAGCGGAGAGUUGGCUUUACUCUGUCGGAUGUUCUGAGUCAUUCUACAUACCAGUUAUAUGUAUUCCAUUUCUAUUUUUAUUUACAUUUUGUCAAUUGCAUGUUUAUACUGGCAGGUGUUUGAUUUUCCCAUAUUCCAUGAAUUGCUCCUGACAAGAAAAUCACUGGUCAUGAAUAAGGUAAAAUUUUAUAUUUUUAAGAUUAAAUAAGCUUAUCCAAGGGCUGGUAAUGAGUUUGUGAAAUUGUAAAUGUAUAAAUAAAGGAGAAGGUAAAUGCUGAAAGUCAUUUUUCAUGGAAUUGAAAAAACAAAUUUUUUGCUUAAUUUAAGUCUCUGGAGUACAGAGUUUGGACAAGUGAAAUAGCAUCAUCAUUUGAAAUUCAGAAUUGUCUGUAAAGGCAUUGAAAAUUUACAAUUGCCUUCUCCUUUAUUUAGUGUACUUGUGACCUUGUGGGUAAUGGUAAGGCAUGAAAUGUAUUAUAUUCAGGCAAAUUAUCAUGAAAUUGGACUUUUGAAAAAGGAAUUUGUAAUCGUUUACCUGGUUACAAAUACACCCCAUGUAUUUGCUUUAAUGAGUCGGUAGUAAUGUGGUUAUGGGAGCUGCCAGAAAGCUACGCUUCUUGAUAUGAAUGUGGUCGAGUUUUCCCUGCCUUUGCAAUCAGUGUGUAUUCAACAACUGUUCUUCUUCAUCUUUGUGCCAAAGUGUCAUGAGGAUUUUUUUUAUUAUAUAUAUAUAUAUAUAUAUAUAUAUAUAUAUAUAUAUAUAUAUAUAUAUAUAUAUAUAUAUAUAUAUAUAUAUAUAUAUAUAUAUAUAUAUAUAUAUAUAUAUAUAUAUAUAUUACUAUAUAUAUAUAUAUAUAUAUAUAUAUAUUACUAUACAAUACUGUAUAUAUAUAUACAUAUAACUCCCAAGUUCCACUGACACUCUUGUGGGGUAGCAGUGGGGCACUUUGCCUUCUUGUCUCUUGUGGGUAGUGGAAGACUGUGGUGACCCUGAACUAUAAGAAGGUUGAGGUUUUAUAGUAAUGUUCAACUUUUCUUCAUUAUCAUGUGGCUAUGGAUAUCUUCCUCAAACCCACAGUGUUUAACCUGCCUCACUUCUGCUGUGCCCUGUUUAUUUCCUUUAUUACGAGUGCUAACAAAGUAUGGGUACCUCUGAUUUUCCAGUUAAUUGCCUUGAUUCAUAUGGAGACGUUUCAGACAUCCUUUAUUAUUAUGUGCACAAAAUAUAUCAUGAUCACCAAUUUUGUGCCAUUGUUUGGGGAUAUUAUCAAGGUGAUAAUAACGUCAGUUUUUAAUCAUAAACAGUAUACUGAUAAUCUUUGACAUUGGGCUCAAGUUGCUGAUCAUUUUGCAUGAAUCUUCAAGCUGUGGAUCAAUAAAGAUGUAGUAUAAGCAUAAUAUUUUUUUUUUUUACUUUUUUUAGGCAAGGUUCUUGCAUUGUUCCACUUUAAAUUAUAUGUAAAUUUCACUCCUGUUUUUAAGAAAAGUAUCCAUAACUUAACUAGGCAAAGAUGACCAGCAUGUCUUGUUCAUUGUUAAAGAAAGUUUAUAGUCUGAAUUCCCGGAGAAAUACAAGUGGAUUUAAACUAGGAAAACUCCAUCAUGUAUAGUUUGCAACACAUUUUAUAAAUACAAUCCUCAAUUACCACUUGUGUGUCCUGAAUGUGAAUUUGUCUGUGAAAACAAUCAUAUUUGAUAAUUCUGGCAUAUGACCAGGCAUAAAAUUUAUAUCUAUUUUGGUAAGCCAUCACAUGUGUGCUGCAUAAUGUCUGAGUGUCUUUCUGUGAUUACCACUGUUGUGUUAUCUGAUGACGCUUGAUGACUGUGCUGUACUCAAAGUCAGGUCUGUAUUUAUUGCUACUUUUGCCAGGUAUUGUUGUCUGGGGGACUGCCAUAAUCCUCCCCCAUGCACAGGCUGCUUUGAAGUUUAGAGCGUCAUCACUCGAGCUGUAAUGUUUCAAGUUUUUGCUAUGGUACAUUGCUAGAAAGACCACCGCUCGCCACCAUCAUUGCUACUUAUGCUUCCUCCUCUCACUUUUAAGUAGAGGUGGAACAGGAAAGAAGGGUUUUUGUGGGAUAUGUGCAGUUUCAGCAUUUUUGGGAACUUUUUAAUCUACAGUAUUGUGAUCUAAUUCCAUGCUUCAAUUUCUAUAUUUCACAAAGAGUUGCACAAUAUCAUUUUGUAUAAUAAAUAUGGGGUCUGGUGCUUGCCCUCAAAUAUCUGGCCGUGCAGUGCCUACCAUUAAAUUUUUCUUGCAUUGUACUUGUGCCUAACCCCAAUUCAGGUUGCUGUUUAUUAAGGCAGGCUGAAGUUAACCACAGUGCAACUUCUUUUUCAUUGUAUGGUUCCUGUCUAGAAUGAAAUUGUACAUGUAAUGUGACCAGAAAGUUGGUUUGUGUAGACUGUGUCUGAGCUAAGGCCUCUGAACAAGUUAUAUUGUAAACAGUAAUUUUCAUUAAUCAUAUCUAUCUAUUGGCAAAAAAGUAAUAAUAAUUAAAAGUAAAAUUAAGCAACAUUUUGCAUAUUUACACACACAAAAAGGCAACCCCAUUGAAAAAGGAUCAAGUGCAGUAUUAAAACAAAUAGAAUUGAUCUACGUGAAGAACAUUUUUUUAUAUUAUUAUUUAGAUAGGUUGUGGUGCUUUGUUAACUAUGUGGAGUACAAAUAGACAUCAGAAAUAAGCUUUGGAUUUGCAUCAAAAUGUGAAUGGUGUACGUCUACAGUGUUGCCAAAAAAUGCAAACCCAAACAUCAGUGGCCAGAGCUGAGACACAGUCUUACAACUAUGCACACUCAAGAACCAAAGUUGAUGUUUUGUCUGGUUUCCUUCUUGUUGUAUUUUCCUGUGAGACAGAGUAUCAAAUAAAAGUACAGCAACAAGA